AUGGAAAUUGAGCCCCCUGAGGACCUGCAUCUGCAAGGUCUUCAUCAGCCAGAUGACAGCACAACAGUGGUCUUGGGCAAAAAUCAAAGUAUCGUGAGAGCUUUCAACAACUCCAGAGACGCUGUUGACAACACAGAUGGAGGUUUGAAUAAGGAAGUGACAUGCAAAAGGGAGAAGUGUCCGAUGCUCUCCAAGGACUGUGCUCUCGUCAUUAAGCAGAGAGGAGCUUGCUGUGAGCAUUGCAAAGAUUGCAGUUUUGGAGGAAAUACAUACAACAGCUCUAUGAAAUGGCACCUCCCUGGCAAUCCCUGUGUUACAUACCAGUGCCAGGAAGGAGUGAUAGUAGAGUCAGAGGUACAGUGUGUUGUUCAUUGCAAAAACCCUUCCAAACUCAUGGGAAUGUGUUGUCCUGUGUGUCCAGGUUGUAUAUUUGAAGGAAGACUUUACAAUGAAGGAGAAGAAUUUAGGCCUGAAGGCAAUAAAUGUACCAAGUGCUCUUGUAUU